AUGAAAUUAUUUACACACAACCUUCUUAUUUGUACAAAACGACAAUGUGGUAUUAAUAGUUUUCCAUUAAAAAUUACAGCAGAAAAAGUUGAAAAAGUAACAACACCACUUGAUGCAAACUUUUUAAUUUCACUUGUUGAGUCAGAACGAUUAAAUUGGAAUGGACUUGUGACUGGUGCAGCAAAUAUUGGAUUAGUAGUUCCACCAACUCUUCCAGAAGAUUGGAAAACAAACCAACAAUUUCUUCAAGCUCUUUGGGAUGUUGUUAUGGAUUGUCAAGUUAUUGAAGGGGAAUUAAUUUGUCCUAUCUGUGAAAGACAUUAUCCAAUUCAUAAUGGAAUACCAAAUAUGCUAUUAAGUGAACAAGAGUUUUAA